AACACCUCAGCGUACGUAAACCUCCUGGAUCUGUAGCCCGGCGACAUGGAACCGCCCCGCUGCGCCGACUACGUCCUGAAGCUGCCGCACGACCUGAUCGAGGAGAUCCUCAUCCGACUCCCGCCGUUGGAGCCCUCGUACCUCGUCCGCGCCUCCCUUGUCUGCAAGCCAUGGCGUCGCCUCAUCUCCAGCCCCAGCUUCCUCCGCCGCUACCGCGUGUUCCAUCGAACGCCUCCCAUGCUGGGCGUCAUCCAUUCGGGCGGCGAGCUCAGCGACCACGACUCAAGGUUCGUUCCAACCACCUCGCGCUCCCCCAUCGAACCCUGCUACCUCAGGUGGUGGCCCCUCGACUGCCGCCAUGGCCGUGCCCUUUUCUCCAACAAUUUGUGCUUCAUCGAUGGCUUCAGCCUCGUCGUCUGGGACCCCAUGACGGACGGUCGCCGUGGGCUGCACGAGCCUGGCAUUCCCUACACGCGCAGCACUGCUGCGGUUCUCUGCGCCGCGGGGGACGGCUGCGACCAUCUCGCCUGCCAGGGCGGACCCUUCCUCGUGGUCUUCGUGGGCACCAACGACAGGGAGGAUAUAGCACGGGCGUGUGUUUACUCGUCGGAGACCGGCGAGUGGAGUGCGCCGGCCUCUGUCCAACUCAACUGCGACGUCGAUAUUAAGCCCAGUGUCCUCGUCGGGGGCGCGGUCUACUUCCUCUGUUCCUGCAGCCACGAGAUCAUUCGGUACGACCUGGCCAAGCAGGUCCUAACGGUCGUCGAUCGGCCGCCGGAAGAGUACGACGACAUCGUCCUGGUGGCGGCGGAGGGCGGUGGGCUGGCACUCGCCUGCCUGGACGACGACGUCCAUCCUCACUGUAACGGCAUCUACGUGUGGUCGAUGGAGGCUGUGGGGUGGGUGCGGCGUGGAGGGGUCAUCGACAUCCGCAGCAUGCUCAUCCCACCCCAAGAUCCCGUGCACGCGCUCUGUCUGCUCGGCUCCGCGGAGGGCACAGACUCCAUCUUGUUAGACACCGACCAUGGCGUCUUCGCCGUCAAUCUUAGGUCGGGGAAAGUAGGCAAGAAAGUUUGCGAGAGGGGAAGCUUCUAUGCUAUCUUCCCGUACAUGAGCUUCUGCACCCCAGAUCGUAUAAGAGAUAGAUUGCCAUUGCCUCCAGGGACACAAACUCGCAGUUGCUAGUUGAUGCUGCUGGGAAUUCGAAUAAAAUGCAAAGGUAGUGCACUUGGUUAUAUAUGUGGCUUGAUUACUUUU